AUGAACCCACUCUUAGCGCGAGACUACGAGGUCCCGAAGAAGCCCAUUUUUCUUCUCGAGGGCCGAGAUGUGGUUCAGAGCACCGAGGCAUCCGCCUUCGUCUCGAACAGCGUCACUGAUAGUGUCAUGUACAGCACCAACGGUAACCUCGGCCUGCGACACCUGAGCGAGGUGGAAAGGGUCGGCUUCAAGACGGAGGUUCUGAUGAAUGGCGUCUACCACGAAGAGCCGACUGACAUAUCGGAGUACAUGGGCAUUCCUCGCACUAAUCAGGUGGGGGCGAGUAUCUGCACGGUCGACUUUGACUGCAUGCUGGACGGUGAAUCAGGUACGCUGUCGUCGAUCCCAUCCCGAAAGCUGAACCUCGACGACGGUGCGUAUCGCAGUCAUUGUACCGACGUCAUGAGCGCCGAUGGGGGGCUCAUCUUCGACACAAAGUACGUGCGUACAGUCGGGCUCAGCGACCUGAGCACGUGGGGUGCACAAGUGUGCUACAGCGACUUCCGACUCGGCGCCAAGGGCUCGCCGGUGUCUGUGGGCAGCGACACUAAAAUCGGCUUCGGCAACUGCGUGGCGGGCGCCGGCGCGCCGCACAGUCCUAGUUUGGAUAGCAUGUCCGACGGGACCCUGCAGAUGCAUUCGCCACACGUGACGUACUGCCCGCACAGCGACCUGGAUUAUCGCAUCGAGCUUGUCGUGCUCAUCUCCAUUGACCAGGAGUGCUGGGAUGUUGCCCACCAACAAAUGGAUCGCGUGCAUCAGUGCUCGCUGACCUCGGACAAGGAGGUGACUACAUUCACGGAGGUGGAGUGUGUGGUGAAGUACGGCGACACAUAUCGCCCGCUGCAGGCGGAGGUGGAGGGCACCCCAUGGGUUCGCGAAACCGAAAGCGGCACGACGUCGCCGUUCUCGCGCGAUCGGUACAAUGUGAGCGCGGGCGGCGGCAGCAGCUACAGCAAUACAGAAAGCAAGGAGCACGGUAAUGGCGACCGGGAUGGCGGCAGCAACUCCGUCUUUCUUCGACCAGGCUCGUGGCACUACCACACCUUCCACAGCCCCAACAAGGCGCAGAAGUCGUACGUGAUCAAGAAGCGAUUCAUAAUGCCACUGACGCCCGAGACGGUGCCAGAUAGCGUCGUGCUGACCUUCCGUGCCUGCCACAAGCGCGAACCUACAGAGCAGCGCCCGCGAGCGCUGCCGACGAUUGAGGAGAUGAUUGCGGAUCAGAAGGCUGCGCUCCAGUUGUUCUGGAAGACGUUCGACGCGGAUGUCAAGCUGCAAGACGAGCUGAGUCCCAGCCGCAGCUCGCUGCCCUUUGUGUACAACGCGUUUCGCAUGUUUAUGAUCAGCCACGGUCUGGAGGGUGGGCUGUCGCGCUCUGGGCUCUCGGCCGCCGGCGACGGGCUGCAGUUCAACCUGUCCGAGUACAUCUACUAUGGACUCUACUACCUUCUCACACAGCCGGAGGCGUGCUUGCGACUGCUCAAGAGCGUCUACCACAUGCUGCCACAAUCGCGGAAGUACGCGCGUGUACUCGCCAUGAACCGUGGCGCCGUAUUUCCACUGAACACGAUCAGCGGCGUUCACUCCACGCAUGCCGCCAACGUGAGCAACGCUCGCUUCCACGUGAACGCCGAGAUCGGCUUCCUCAUCGCCCUCUACGACGAGGCCGCAGAGAGCAUCUCGGCUGAGGAUCGGCUGCUGCUCCUCGAGCUGAUGAUGGAGUCGGCUCGCAUCUGGCCGCAGUGUGGGGAGUGGCAGGACGACCACACCGUCUUCCGCCUUGACAACAUUGCCGGUACGGAUGAGUACAACAGCAACGCCUCGGGCAACUUCUACGUCAACAUCUCCGCGCGGAGGCACAUCGCCUCCGCCUUCUCGUUUCUCGACCGUCAGCGUGAGCACCUUACCGAGGAGCAGCUGAACAGCGUCUUCGCUUCGCUAGCGAUGACCCGGCACGAGAUGGCCGAGCUGCAGGCCGUCGGCGACGGCAUCGUUUUGCCGCAGCGCCACGAGCGACUCGGUGUGUACAUGGUGCAUGAUAACUUCGACACCUUGAUUGACUGGGGCAACGAGCGGGCCAUGCACCCGCUUCACCUGAACUACCACCCGAUCCACAUCUAUCGACGUAAGCUCAUCGACGUGCCCGAAGUGCUACUUGGCAUGCUGCUCUACCCCGACGAGUUCGAUCAGCGCGACUUUCAGCAGAACUUCGAGUACUACCUCCCACUCUGCACGUUUGACUCGCCUGAGUCGCUGUUUGUGAUGGUGCACGCGCUCUGCCGCGCGCGGUCGAACUUCUCGCAGCCGAUGCCACUUCUGCGCUCCUUGGCGAACAUCGAUCUCGACAACAUUGUCUACUCCGCCGAGGGCGGCCUACACUUUAGCGCCAUGGCCUCGACGCUGCCGGGGCUCAUCUUCGGCUGCGGUGGGGUGCAACUUUCCCACAAGGGGCUGCAGGUGCGCCCCAUCCUUCCCGCCAGGAUCGAACGGUAUUCCUUCACGAUCAAGUGGCGCGGCGCGGUGCUGCGCGUGCUGGUGGACCGCGCGAACAUCACGUACGACCUCCUCUCGGGUGCGAGCCUGCGCUUCAUCCACGGCACCCCCGGUGAGCGCAUCCACCUUCACACCGGCUUUGGGCGCUGCCCCGAAACGACGCACCUCGCCAUCCCGCGCACGAGCCAGAGCCAGGUGGCGCAGUUUGACGGUGUUGUGCUUCUCUCCGACUGCCUCUUCGACAACCUUCUUGAAUACAGUUACCGCUCGUGGUACAAGACGCUGGAGACGCUCUUCGACACCUACCGGAUGCUGCACAACCGGCCCAUCCCCUCGCUCACACCAGAGGAGUUCAUCGAAAAGGUCGUCUACCAGCACGAGGACGGCGAGAUUUCGUUUAGCGGCAUUGAUCAAAUAUUGCAGCGUCGUGGUCUGUGCCUAGAGCUCGGCACCCCGGAAGAUGCCGAGAUCGUUGAGACGCGGUACGGCUUGGCGAAUGCAAAAUUGGCGGAGAUGACGGAGAUGGUGGUCAUGUCGCCGCCACCCGUCAAUGCCGGCCUCUUUUGCCUGCUCAAGGGCCUGGUGGAGAACGGUGUGGCGCUGGCUGUGGUGUCAUACAGCCGGACGCUGAAGCAGCUGCUCGCCUCAAACCCGCAGUUGGCGCGUCUCUUCGUGGCCUCCAUCGACGGCGAGGAGGCACACGAUUGGAAGAUAAAGGGACAACCUCACCUCGACCUGUACAUGCGGGCCGCCGAGAAGAUCCACGUGGACAUUAACCGGUGCCUCGUGAUUAGCCACCACCUGGACCGCGGAUUUAACGCGAAGGAGAUGUCGAAGUUCCGCAUGUUCAUCGAUGUCGAGGACCCGUUUGUGAGUUCGCGCUUCCUUAGCAGUCAGUACCCGUCCUUGACGCCGGAGGAGUCGAAAGAGACCGGCCGAGACAAUCCUGUCGUGUGCCGUCUGGAGCUGUCGCGGAUUCCGUCGUCGAUCGACGAGUUAGAGGACAUGGUGGACGGUCGAAAACUGUGA